GGGGAGAGUGCAGCGCGGACUGUCAUGGAGAGCGGCGUGGCCAAGCAGGAGCCGCACCGGCCCGGCAGCUUCAACCAGCCCAAGAAGACGCACAAGGCCGGGCGGCACCGCAGCAAAGGCGCGGUGGAGCGGACGAGCAGAGGGAGAGUCGAUGUGAAGAUCAUCAGCAAGAAACUGAAGAAGGAGCUGAAGAAACAUGACAGGAGACACCAAGCCAGCCAGAGGCGUUUGCAGAGUCGGGAAACGGUGCUGGCUGAGAAGCGGAGUCUGGGCAGUCGAGAUGGGCCACCUCACCUAGUGGCGGUGAUCCCGCUGCACGGUGGCAUUAGUGCCCAGGGCGCCCUGCGGCUGAUUCGCAGCGAUGAGGCAGCUAGCGUGUUCAACAGCGAUGAGAGUGGCGAGAGCUUUGGCUUGGUUUCCAGCCGGUUCAAGCGGAGGUUUUACUUCAUCCGAGUGAACGCAGGUGAUAUUCAUGCAGUUCUUGACCUGGCCAAGGUAGCAGACACGCUGCUGUUUGUACUUGAUCCCUAUGAGGGUUGGGACAGUUACGGGGACUUCUGUCUCUCUUGCGUAUUUGCUCAAGGCUUACCCAGCCAUGUGUUUGUGGUUCAGGGAGUUAACGACCUUCCCAUCAAGAAGCGGGCAGAGGCCAAGAGGAACCUGAGCAAGAUGCUGGAGCGCCGGUUCCUGGAUGCCAAACCCUUUCACCUGGACACCGAGCAGGAGGCCACGCUGGUCAUCAGGCACAUGGCCAUGCAGAAGCAGAAACAUCUGACCUUUCGAGAACGUCGCUCCUAUUUACUGGCUCAGCAUGUGGCUUUUGAACCAAACGAGGAAAGUGGUCUGGUGGGAACGCUGAAGGUGUCCGGUUAUGUCCGAGGGCAGAAUCUGGAUGUCAACAAGCUGGUGCACAUUGUGGGACACGGGGACUUCCAGAUGAGCCAGGUCGAUGGGCCACCUGACCCCAUGCCCAUGAACCCUAAGGUUACGAAGAAAACACCCGGUGCUGAGGAGCUUGUUGCUGAGAUGGAAGAAGAUUUGAAGGUUCUCAUGAAAGCGGAUUCCAGCAAGCAGGAAUCGCUGGAGACGGAGGUGGUUCCAGACCCGAUGGAAGGGGAGCAGACCUGGCCAACAGAUGAGGAACUGAGAGAGGCCGAUGAGGCAUUAAAGGCAAACAAGAAGAUUGUUCGGAGAGUCCCAAAAGGCACGUCGGACUACCAGGCUGCGUGGAUCCUGGACGAUGAGGAAGGGGAGGAUGAGGAGGAAGAAAGUGAUGAUGAUGAUGAUGAUAUGGAGGGGCAAGACCUGAUAGGGGAGGCAAUGUCGCAGGCCAGCAAUGAGAGUGACGAUGAGGGAGAGGCCACAGAGGAGUGUGAAACCAUGACUUUGCCCGAAAGUGUCCGUGAUGAUAAUUACGACGAGAAGAUUGACGAGUCUGAGGAGAGGGAGAUGCUGGAAAAGUACAAACAGGAGCGGAUGGAUGAAAUGUUCCCGGAUGAAGUGGACACACCGAAAGAUGUACCUGCUAGAGUCAGGUUUCAGAAGUACAGAGGUCUGAAGAGUUUCCGGGCAUCACCAUGGGACCCCAAGGAGAAUCUACCCCGAGAUUAUGCCAGAAUCUUCCAGUUCCAGAACUUUACCCGAACGAGAAAACGAAUCUUCAAUGAGCUGAGUGAGGAGGAGGAAGGUGCAAUGCCUGGGUGGUACGUCACGGUCCACAUCUGCAACGUGCCGCUGUCAGUGAUGGAGAGCUACAAGCCCCAGGCACCCCUGGUGCUCUUCACCUUGUUGCCACACGAACAGAAGCUAUCGGUUGCCCAUUUCUUGCUCAGGAGACAUGCGAGCAACAGCGGACCGGUCAAGUCGAAAGAGGAGAUGGUUUUCCACUGUGGCUGCAGGCGGUUCCGCGCCCCACCUCUGUACUCACAGCACACAGCCGCCAACAAGUUCAAGUACGAGCGGUUUCUGCGCUCCAACGCCACUGUGGUGGCUACGGUCUACUGCCCCAUUACCUUUCCCCCAGCAUCUGUGCUGAUGUUUAAACAAAGAGCCAACGGUAUGCAGGACCUGAUAGCCACGGGCUCUGUGCUGAAGGUCGACCCUGACCGAGUGAUCGUGAAACGGAUCACCUUGAGCGGCCACCCGUUCAAGAUCAUGACCAAAACCUCGGUGGUUCGAUACAUGUUCUUUAACCGUGAUGACGUGCUGUGGUUCAAGCCAGUGGAGCUUCGCACGAAGUGGGGUCGCAGAGGUCACAUCAAGGAGCCUUUAGGGACACAUGGACACAUGAAGUGUUUGUUCGACGGGCAGCUGAAAUCCCAGGACACCGUGCUGAUGAACUUGUACAAGAGGGUUUUCCCACGGUGGGCGUAUGAUCCGCAUGUUCCCGAGCCAGUGCCGUGGGAGAAGUGUGAGGACAGCAUUGAUAUGCAGGAGGUGGCGAUGGACUAGAGUGAGCACCAGCAGUUUGGAGUCUGUGCCUUUAUAUUAAAAUGUUACUGUUAGCCAC